AAAAUAAAAGAACAGAGUUUCAUGUCUUCGUCUUCCUGAAUUUUUCACCUGCACAUUCUCCACGAACGUCUCUCUCAUUCCCAAUUAUGAGACUCAAACUCUCUCUUCUCUCUUCUCUCGUUGCUCCUCUCCUCUCGUCGCCGGCGUUUCAACGUCUCGCGGCCUUUCCUGGGCUCCUCCUCGCCGGCGACAGAAGCACUCGUCGGAUCGUCGUCGCUCGUCGUCUUCUGGCUUCAAGUACUCGCCGUCGCGAGUCGCCGUGGAUCGUGGACCGUCGUAGGGUCGUCACUUGCUUCGUCGCUCGUCCUCUUCUGGGGUCGGGUCCUCUUCGUCACCCAGUCGCCCUUGCCAAUUGUCAGCCUCGCCUUUGCUGGAAAGUCUGAGUAUCUCUUGUUUGUUUCGCAUGGUUUAAAACCACAACUGUCUGUUUGGAGUAUGUCAAAGUUAGCUAUGGCUUGGUCAUACCGGCUUCAAAUAGAAGUGUAUCAUAAAUAUUUUUUUCAUCACUGUCUCUUUUGUAUCUUCCUGGAAACACUAGAAGAUGUCUAAAUGCUGCCUUGUUUCUGAAUUGACGACUUAGGAUGGAAAUAUCGUCAAUAUGUAUGAAACAAACAGAAUUCAAUGAAUUGGCAAAUAGUACUUGUUCUAGCUCAGGUUCAAUGAAUUCAAAACAGAAGCCAAUAAAAGAAAAGAGUGUGAAACAAUUGACAUUUGAAGCUAAGGAAGUCAAUGACAAUGAAGAGCACGAUAUGGGAACUUCACACUUAGAAACAAAGAGAAUGGAUGCUCGUUGGUACUGGUCUCUGUUUCGAAAACCAAAAAAUGGUAAGGUUGAGGUGCCUCAAAGGGUUCAACCUGAUAUCUUUAGAAACGAGACAGCACAAAUGCCAGAGUCAAGGAAUCCAUUACUGGAUGAAGAUUUAGUUAGGAAUGAUGUUGGGCAUGAUGGAGAAAAAUCGACUCAUUCUAAGAGAAAUGGAAUCAUGUUGGACACGGGUUCAGAUCUUUCUACCACAUUGGCUGAUGAUGAUGAUUCCAACGUCAUCCCUUCAAGGUUGCGUGACAAUAUUGUAGGGACUGGUGGGUCAUGUUCCAAACGGAGAAGGUUGGAUUGUGAUCCCGUGGUCUCAUCUAACCCUUCUACAACUGAGCUUCAGGAUGGAGUUGAUACGGAUGCAAGUGUGUUGCAAAAGGAAUAUCCUGUAAAUUCACCAAAAGAAGUCACAAAGCACACAUGUCUAAUUUGCAAGAGUGGUGGACAGCUACUAGGAAAUUGCCUUCUCCAGGAUUCCUGGUUCAGGUUGUGCUGGUUGAUUAUAAUGGUAAUGUUGUGGCUUCCGAACCCAAGGCUACUGGAAAAAGAUCAGAUGAGAGUUCAAGUAAUAGUGCCACCGCAGUUGAAGCAAGCAUACCUGUGCAGAAUUGUUGUUAUCUGAUUGUAGGGAUCUAACUGAGUUGCCUGAGGAAAUGUGCUUAUGUGCAAGUGAGUUUAUGUGCAAGUGUGUUUAUGUGCUUUUGUAUUUUUACUUCAUUUGAAAUAACAAAGAAUUUAUAUAUUACAAGGUACCUACAAGCACUGUAAAGUGUAAACAAGUGAGCCUCCAACUUGUAGUAGUCUGAAAUCGUUAGUGAGAAGAGAAGGAGAUGCAUAUGACUUUAGCCAUGCACCAUUUUUUUUAAUGAAAAUGACAAUAGUUGAAUUCAA